GUCCCACACGACAUCCCGUCCAGCGGACUUAUCAUGUCGGCCCCCUUGACAUCUCUACACAGAUGCUGCCAGCGGUCAGCUCUCCUCCUCCUUGUUGCCAGGCGACAGUGGUGCUCCAGCUCAGCAUCUCCUCCUCCUCCUCCUCUUCCUCGGCACAGGAGGCUCCUCCUCUUCCUCACGCAGCGUUACUAUGACAUAGAGAUGCUCGUGAACUGGAAGUCUCAGCUGAAGAGGAAAUGGCUUGAGUGGAAGAACAUUGGCCCACGCUCCUCCUGGAGGUCGGAGGUGACAUCGCAAUAUUAUGUCUUGCGUUUGAGGGGAGGAUUUAGGUAUGCUGGCCAGUCCGAGUGGUUCCGUGCAGACCACAGGGGCAGGUUCCGUCAGGACUUCCUGAAGCACAAAGGCACACCUCUAGAGGAGGUCGACAUGAGCCACACAGACAUCAACUUCACCGGACUGAGGAACCUGGCGAGCCAGCAGUCUUUGCGGACUCUGAAAUUACGAGGGUGUCCUUAUGUGGACGACUGGUUCCUGUCCAGGCUCCAUGUGUUCGAGGACUGUCUGGAGGAGCUGGACAUCUCUCACUGUCCACAGAUCACCACAGGCGGCCUGGCUGCUCUCAGGAAUCUCAAGGGACUGAAGCGUCUGGACGUGUCAUCGCUCCCUAGGAUUGAGAUUGCCGGGUUGGUCGUCAUUCUGCUGGAGGAGAUGUUACCACAGUGCCAGAUCACAGCUACUGGCUACAACCUCGACCUGAGUCAGGCAGGUGGAGAGAAGGAGGUGGAGGAGCUGAGCCAAAGACAGAGGUAGUGCCUGGAUCCAGACGAGAAUCCGUGCGACAAAAGACAGAGUCCUGCUGUCAGUUCAUGUUCCACUUUAUCCCUUUGGUCUGUGAUGAAGCAAAGAGAUAGACACAGCUAACUAACAGCAGAAGCCGUAACUCCGGUCAGUGCAGCAGUUCAGCCAUCAGGUCUUCUGUCGCAGAACCAUACCGUGUCCAGUUCAGGAUGGUCACAGAGAACAGAGAGCUUUUAUUGAGUUUCAACUGACAUAUGUUUAUUAGUAUGAACUCCAGUUUAACUGAAUAUGUCAACAUCCAGUUUAAUAAAAGCAUAUGAAAAUAAAAAAACAGACAAGUGUGGAACAAACUCCCUCAGAUUUGUUGGCAGUUUCAUGUGAGGUGUGCUCCAUCGCAACCUGUUUGGUCGUGUAUGUUACUUCACCCCAGAAUCAAUUUAUAUGUCAUAGGUACACGUUUAUGGUGCAAAUCUAAAUAUAUACUAAAUGAAUUCUGUCUCAAGCAAACUUUGUCUGCGAUGAUGUUAUUUGUUCAAAUGUAAAUAUGAUUGUAUUUAAUAAAGACUUCAUUGUUCAAUAUCA